ACAAAUUUUACAAUCCAAUAAAGCAGUCUGGUUUUACUGUUGAAAAGAUUGAGGGCAAAGGCGAAAAGCCAGUAUAGGAGCAUCUUCGAAUAUGAGAAUUCUGCAAAUCUUAACAAGAAAGCUCUCUUCAACUUUCUCAUAUCGUCAACUUCACUCCACCUCCAAUCCAGCGUCAUUCGGCAUUGCGUUCGACAUUGACGGCGUUUUGCUCCGCGGCAGCAAUCCUAUCGGCGGCUCUCCUCGAGCUCUCAAACGCCUUUAUGACGAUGCCGGUAUUUUGAAGGUUCCCUAUGUAUUCUUGACCAAUGGAGGUGGUGUUCCUGAAUCUAAAAGAGCAAAGGAGUUGGGUGGAUUGUUGGAUGUCAAUAUCCUACCUUUACAGGUUAUACAGGGGCAUACACCAUUCAAACAGUUGAUGAGAAGAUUUGAGAAUGAGCUUGUUGUUGCUGUUGGAAAAGGAGAACCUGCUGAAGUGAUGUCUGAAUAUGGUUUUAAAAAUGUUCUCUCCAUAGAUGAGUAUGCAUCUUAUUUUGACAACAUUGACCCAUUGGCACAAUACAAAAAAUGGACAGACAAGCAGGACGUUAAUCAGAAUAACAAGUCUAAGCAUAUAGCUUUGAACAAUGAUCCGUGCUUACAGAGAGUGCAGGCAGUUUUUGUUGUUAGUGAUUCUGUUGAUUGGAGCAGGGACAUCCAGGUUCUCUGUGACAUUCUAAGGACUGGAGGGCUUCCAGGAAAAGAGAUUGCACACCAGCCACCACUCUUUUUUGCAAAUGAUGACCUUGCCUAUCAGGCCUUGUUUCCAUCUGAACGACUUGGCAUGGGUGCUUUCAGAAUUGCACUAGAAUCCGUCUUCAAUGCCGUUCACCCUGCUGUUCUGAAGUAUACGUCAUAUGGGAAACCAAAUCCUUUUGUAUUUAAUAAUGCGGAGACAGUAUUGAUGCAAGUUCUACAAUCAUGUCACAAUAACCAUCAGGUUGAUGGUAGAAAGCAGCAUUUCAAAACCUUAUAUAUGAUUGGUGAUAAUCCCUCUGUUGAUAUCAAAGGAGCUCGGCAGGCUGGAAUUCCUUGGUUCUCUAUUUUGACAAGGACUGGGGUCUUCAAGGGGAAAGAAAAUCAUGACGAUUUUCCCGCAGAUCUGGUUGUUGACACUGUGGAAGAAGCAGUAGACUACAUUUUGAACAAGGAGUGUAUCUCAUGAUGCACAUCUGGUAAAACUCUCAACAUUUUUUUACCUUAGAUAUGUUAAUUGGACUAAUUUCCAUGAAGAAGAUUUGGCGGACCUCCUAGCUUUGCAAAUCAACAUUUAUAUGCCUCUUUUCGGCGAGUGCAAAAAAUUCAAAUUUGUUCUCAUUACAAUAAAGCAUUGAUUAGACCUCUGCACCUGUUGAAGAAACAAGUGCCGCAAACCUGAUUCUUAUAUCUGAGAGGAAAGUACAUGAACAUUUUAGCACGUCAUUCCCAGAACCGAGUUGAUUCCUUGUGCGGAUCAUUUCUUGCUGUAAACGGUCUUGAUAUCCAUUUUUGUCAGAAUAUUAUUGUUAAACUUCAAAUGACUUUGUUAUGGAGUAGGUUCCGGCUUCUUUUAGGAUUUUACUACACAAGUUAUCUGAUGGAUGAGUUUGGC